GUCCAAAUUUCUGGUCCUGCAACAAGAUCAAUCAAUACUCCAUCUCAUCUACGGGAGCGACCAGCAUUCAUCUUGUUGGCUCUAUUACCCCCAGAUCAAGCACAGCUCGUAACCUGUCGAACGCAAGGAUCUCUCACGAGCACUCGAAGAGGUUCCUCUCCAGCCGCUCUCUUAGCAUUCCAUUAUCUUGUCAUCACAUCCCACGAAAUGCCUCCCAAGCGCAUUACCGUCCAGCCAGCACGCCGCUCGGCCAAGCCCCAGGGCUAUUUCAGCUCGUUAUACCAUACGCUGACGUCGGAGGAAAACUCAAGCGUCGUUAUCAGUGUCGCCAUGUUCGGAGCCGCCGUUGCUUUCUUCAGCUCAGAAUGGAGCGAGAUGCUUCUUCCGGCCUAACUGCCUUAUGGCCAGCUGUUUCAUCGACCGAAUCACCCACCACCCCACUCAAUUCCGCCUCGCUCGAAGAUUAGAGCUGGAUUGAAACCGCAGCUGAGAAGCCACGAUGUAUUAUAUCGGUGGCACGAGGAGUGAAUGUCCUUGUUGGAAGUCGGAUGUAUAUUACUAGUGUUGUACAGGGGACAUAUUCAGGAGAUGUGAUGGCUUUGGUUUGUGUACCUUACCAGUCAAAGCAUGCGCCUUUGGGGUUCUUCCCGCCGCUGGGGCAGCGAGGCAGAACGGGGACGGCAAACGACAGCUAGAUGCUGUUGCUAGCGGAUAUGUACAGUGUACCACCGCACUUCCCCUCCAGGGCGUUUGGCCUCUGUAUCACUGAGCUCGAGGAUAGUUGAUGCGGACGUCAAAAUGAAGACGACGUGCGUGCCACUUGUCAAAGCAAUCCACCCACUCAUACGAUCACUACGUUAUGUGUAGAACUUUGUAUGGAGAUCUGAAGUCCUUUAUAUCUGGCCCCUGGUAGGAGUCCUGGAUUUUGGUGUGCCAAUAGCGCGACAUGCACAUUGCUUCGUCACCAGACACAGUACAGUCAAAGUAGACGCCCUCAUUUGAAAAUCAUCAAUAUAAGUUCCAACGCCAUAGGC